AUGGCCCUUGUCCCUGCCGGCAGUGGGGCGGGCCACCAUGGUGGCGCAGUCAAGAGGCUGCAGCCCGGCCAAGUGACGCGUGUGGCCAUCCGCGACGGCAAGACAAUAUCUAUCAACGAUUAUAUCUAUGUGACUACCGCCUGGGCUCCUGGGGCGGGAGAACCCUACCUCAUCGCCCGAGUCAUGGAGUUUGUCACAACCGCGAGCUCGCGCAACGGCAGUGCGAGCCUCACAAAUAACUCUGGCACUCUUCAAGUGCGAGCAAACUACUUCCUUCGAAUGAGAGAUAUAUCGCAUCGCAUCAGCAGCGACUCUCGACUUUUAGUAGCAACAAUGCAUUGCGAUCUCCUCGCACUAGACAAUGUACGCGGCCUCUGCGAAGUCAGGCAUCGCGAGCUGAUUGGAGAGGCGCCUGAAGUCGGCGCAUGGAAGAAGAGAGACGAUCACUUCUACUAUCACCAAUUCUUUGACCGGUAUGCCCACCGCUUCUACGACGUAGUACCGACUUGGAAGUUGCAAAAUGCCCCCGCCGAGGUCCUUUCAUUGUUGCGCAAAAGGUAUUCCUUCAUCCUAGCGGAACCGGGCGUGUCCGCUGACUUGUGCGACGCUUUGCGAGGUUGUGUCAUUUGCCAUCAGUGGGCGAGCGGACCGGAAUCGCCCGCCAAGGGAUAUGGAUGGACGUGCGCUCCUUGCUACAGGCGGCACGAGCAGACUGUAGCGCUAGAGUCCGGUGGCCUGCCUGCUUCCCUUAGCUCCUCUUCCUCCGCAAGUGCCGCUGCAAUCGAGCCAGCAGCAACAGGCACGGACGCCAAUGGAGCACCACUACCUGCGGCUAGCUCAUUGCCUGAGGAUUCUACCGUCUUGAACCAACAGUACAUCAAAGCUCGGUUGGCAGCCACUGGCAGCCGAGGCGGUCGGCCGAGAAACAGCGGCGCACGGAGAGGUUUAGACAGUGACAGCUCCUUCGCUAAUACCCCGGAAGGCAGCCCUGCACCCGAAAAGACUCUCGACGACGUACGUGGGGUACGAUGCACGAACGGCUGGAACUACCGUUACUUUGGGCAACAUACAGAUGCUCUCGACGUCCUCGACCCCCACGACUCAAUCUAUCCCCGCGCCACAACUCGGCAUGGAAGCAAGUUCCAAACCGAGGUCCCGACCUGGGAGCAGCAGCAAGAGAUGGGUCUGGGCGUACCGCUGCGAGUGGAAGAAGGAGGCAGUGUCGUGAACGCCAACAGUAUUGCAAACGGCGCCACUGGCAGUGAUGGAGUUGCCAGCAGCUCGUCAAUAUCGGUCGCCGUCAAGAAGCCUAGAGGCAGGCCGAAGAAGAGUGUAAUUCGAGGCGCAGGUGGCGUAGACCGGGGCACGCCUCAAGGGGGGACUCCAGUCCCACCUGCUGUAACCGUGGCAGAGGGAGCCCUUGCCUCUGAGCGUGGUUCGGCAACCCCAGCUCCCGUAGCUACCCUCACACCGGUGCGAGAAUUUGAAAGAGGUACGGAUGAGAGCAUCGACGUGAUAUGCAACCUCUGUCACCUCAGCCCGAAGAACGAUCCGCAGAACAAGUUGCAGCUCUUUGAAGCGUACAUGGCAAGUGCCGCUUUCCACUUCAAGCCUCUUCCGCCUUACAAUGUGGACUUCAUGGAUCGAGCGGUACAGGUCUACUCCAAUCCGCAGAUUGAGCCGAUUGCUGCCCUUUCGGAAGUCUCGACUAGCAGCGCAGAAGACUUCCGUAUCGUUCAUUGGACUCAGAAGGAGAGGAAGGCCUUCGACGCGGCAGUACGAGAGCUUGGACUGGAAAUGAGGCAGAUCAAGCGGCUCAUUCCGACGAAGAAGCCGUCCGACAUUGUGCGCUAUUAUGCCACUUGGAAGAAUGAGCGAAUGAAGGAAGCUCAUGAGGCUGAGAAACUUGCUAUCGAGAAGGCGAAGGGAAAAGGCAAAAUGCCUACCGAGGCCGAUGCGGAGGCACCUGCAUCUACUCGUGCGGUCUCCCCAGCCUUGUCUCUCUUUGACGAGAAAGCGAUGAAGGAGGCUCCGACGAACAUCUCUUGCAAGAUGUGCUCUACUCAUGAGUCUCCUUUCUGGUACAAGGGCCCCUACGCUUGGCCUAAUCGCUUUUUGUGCUCGUACUGUGGCCUUUAUUGGAGGAAGUAUGCUGCUGAAGCCUCACACACAGAUCUCAUUGCUACAAAUCCCCGGAAACACCCUUCAAGUUCCUCUGCAGAGGCUCCUGCCGGUCUUGGAGUUGCUCCUCCGGUCAAGGUGGCGAAGUUGAGGCAAGGCGACAGUGCAAGAUCGGCUGCCGCAGGGCGAUCUUUAUCUGGCGCAGCCUCGGCUGAGACUUCCUCCCCCGCAGCCGUGCCCGUCGCUAUUGCCAAGCUUGACCCGAUCCGCUGCGUCAUGUGUCGACGGCUCGAGCCAAAGAAGAAGCUGCAGCAAUGCCGACAAUGCUCUCUCAGCGUGCACCAAGGCUGCUUUGGCCUUACAGAUGCCGAGGUCGCUGCCGAGGUCUGGACUUGCGAGCCUUGUACGAAUGAGAAGACGCUCGGUGCAGGCUUGGUGCCGAAGUGUGUCCUGUGUCCCUUGAGCGAUGGCUCAAUGACUGCAGCCGCUCAACGAGCUCGCAGCGGUGCACUCACCAACGGCAAUGGCGCGAAGUCCGCUACAAAUGGUAAUGCGCCUGCUGGAAGUGCAGCAGCAGGUGCUGCUGCCGAGGCUUUGAACGCUCUGGACGCCUUCAAGCCGACAGAAUGUAACAAUUGGGCUCACCUCAUCUGCGCAGCCUGGAUGCCGGACGUUGUCUUCACCGAUGCAGAGAGGAUGAAGCUAGUUGAAGGCGCUGGCCAUCUGCCGCUCUGGAGGUAUAGUGCUAUCUGCGAGAUCUGCAACACUGGCGGCACGAGCGAAGCCAUUGCUACUUCGAGCCCUCAUGGCGCAUGUCUACAAUGCUCAGAUGCGAGCUGCAGGCAUACUUUCCACGUCUCAUGCGCUUUCCAGAAUAGCGGAUACUCACUUGGCUUUGAGAUCAAUCCGGUCAAGAUCAGUAGACGUGAUGCUGUCUCUAUCGCGACGUUCAAGACCGAGACAGGCCACUGGACUGCGUUGGCAUACUGCAAAGCGCAUCGCGAUACGAUCAAGGACAAGGCGACGUACGACUUCUCUGAGGUGGAUCCAAAGACUGGAGCUACCGCUCUGCAGACGUACGUCAAGAGUCACAAGAGCAUCUUCAGCUCGACUGCCAGCGGCCAAAGCAACGGCGAUGCAUCCUCGGUCAGUGCUGCAGCCUCUACUACCGGGUCCACAGUGAGCCCCUCGACGAGCGUGGACCAGACAUACGCUCUGCUCAGACGAGCCAAGCGCUUCGACGUGGUCCUGAGCGAGGUGAGCAAUUGGACAAUCGAGGCAAGGAUUCGAGCUGCCAGCGGUGAAUUGGGAAUGAGCCCCACUCCGGCUCCGCAGCAGCAGCAGCAUCGGUCUACACCAGCUGCUUCGCUACCGAAGACAGAAGGCGCGAGUCAAAGUCUGCUUCCCUUCAAUGGAAGGUCUCACGUCAACGGAGGCAGCAAUGGCAGCAGCGCCAAACCGGCGAGGCGACCCAUGGAGCGCGAGGCGAUGCCACAUCCGGAGUCGGCCGUGCGGAAAACGGUAGGCAUGGAAGACGUAGUGGAAUGUCUCGCGUGCGGGACACGCCUGUCCCCCUUUUGGUGGCCUUUGCCUCGAAACGCGAGCGUCCCUGACAUGCCUGGACCGGGGACACAAGAGGGGCAAGAAGGUUGCAGGGUCUACACUGCAGGAGAGGGAGCUGUGUGCUGUAACAUCUGCAGGGGUCCAACUUUCGCGCACAUAGAGCGGGAGGAGCGGGAGAAGCAAGAGAAGCAAGAGAAGCAAGAGAAGGCGACUGUAGCGUAG